AUGGGGUCUAGAGCUAUAGCAAUCUCAACCCUUGUGCUGAGGAUCUUCACUCUCCUAGCUUUAGUUGCUUGUGUGGUGCUUUUUAUUACCAAUACUUUUCGUGAUGCAGUGUUUGAUGAUGGCUCGAAGGUCACUUUCAAGGAUCUCACCACAUACAGGUUUGUACUCUCGACGGCGGUAAUUGGGGCAACCUAUACACUCUUGCAAUUACCCUUUGCAUUGUACUAUGCUUUGACAGAGAAGAGGUUGAUAAAGGUCGAUAUCUUGCGGGAGCUUGACUUAUAUGGUGACAAGAUCAUCGCAUUCCUUCUUGCCUCGGGUGUUGGUGCUGGUUUCGCAGUUAGUGUUGAGAUCAAAUCCCUUUUGAAUGACUUGUUUGAUGCUUUUGCAAUUGCUGGUUUUCAAGAUACAGAAGACAGCAAGGCUCUCUAUGAUAAGUUCCUAAACAAGGGGAUUAUAGCUACCAGUGCUCUUGCCUUUGGAUUUGUUUGCAUGGCUUUAGUUUCAGUGCUUUCAUCUGUCAACCGGAGCAAGACUGCUACUAAAGGUUUCUUCGGUUAA